AUGUCUUGUAAAUCAGAAAUUCAAUUUUAUCGUUUUAAUCAACUCUACAAUGCAACUGAGCAAUUGAUUGACACAUUAUCCAAUUGCAUGAUUCAAAGGAAACGCUUCGUUACCCUGUUGAGUGACACUAAGGAAUCAAUUGGUUCCUCAUCGAAACUUUUUAAUAUUUUUACUGUUUUAAAAAUACAAAUUCCCAUUUCGAAUGAUAGUAAUCUACAAAUUUUUGAUCAUGACAUAUCUAAAAAGACAGAAAUCAUUUUAGCGAUAGUAUCCAAUCCUUUAACAUUGCGAUAUUUUUUAACGAAACUGAAAAAAUCCAAAUGGUGGAAUCUUUAUGGAUUAUAUUUAAUCAUCGAUGCUAAAACAUUGGAAAAAGGUUGUGAUAGGGCGUAUGAUUUUCUUCAAAUCAUUUGGAAACAAGAUAUACUUUCUUCCACAUAUUUUUGUAUUAAUUCUAACGAAGAAAUAAUGAUGUAUACUUACAAUCCUUACACGAACUGGGCUUUAAAAGAAUGGAAAGAAGUUUGGGAAAAACCAAUGAAUGUAUCAUCAAACAGAAACUGGACAUUAUAUGAACAAAAAUUUAUUAAUAAUAAAACGACCUGUUCAAACUUGGAUUUUCCUAAAACUUUGACACUCGGUGGGAAAGAAAUAAAAGCAAUAGCAAUAUCCCUUCCACCGAGUUUAGUAAUAAACCCAAACAAAACUGGCUAUGAAAAUUACCAUGGAGUGGAUGGGAAUAUAGCAAAAACAUUAUGGAAUAAAUUAAAUGCAAGUUUACAAGUAACGAUCACCAAUGACACCGCCCAAAGUUACUUUGGUUAUUCGAAAUCAAAUCAGGGUAUUUUCGAUAUCAUUAAUUCCGGUAAAAAGGACAUACUUUUAAAUUCACAAUACAUAUUCAACAAAUAUAUGAACGUAUCGUUCACUUAUUGUCAUAUUAAUACUGGAAUCAGCUUGUUGUCGCGUUACGCUGGUUACGAGACCGGACCAUCCAAAAUUUUAAAUUUUAUGAACCCCAAAUUGAUUCUCGGAACAAUCCUGGUAUUUUGUGCUACGAUAAUAAUCUUUGUUAUUGCAAGAAAAGAAGGAAUUGUAUUCGCAUUUCUUGAAGUAUUAAGAAUAGUAAUUGGUGCAACCAUUAUAAGAAAAGAAGAAAAAACAUCUCUAAGGAUUUACUUGAUUACAGUAGUGUUAUUAUUUUUAAUCACAGGUGCAUUGUUUCAAGGAAGUCUUUCGUCGUUGUUAACGUCACCGGUACAAAAAUCAAACAUCGAUUGUAUAGACGAUUUAAAAAAUUCCGGUUACGAAGUGUACAUAUUUAGAUCUUACCAAAAUAUAAUCUUUGACGAGGAAAUUCGUUCGCGUUUGAAAUUUAUAAAUCAUUGGAAUUGUACGAAAUACGUGUUAGAACAAGAAGACGUUGGCUGUGCUGCAGAACGUUUAAGAUUAAUGAAAAUCGGUUUUGAAAAUCAUUUACACGUUUCAAAACACAGAUUGAUAACUUUGUAUUCAGCUUACGUUGUUCGUCCUAAUUGGCCAUUGAACGAUAGGGUUAGUAAUCUUUUACAACGUAUGUGGCAAUGUGGAUUAAUCAGAUAUUGGGUAACUGAAACUGCGUGGAAUUAUAAACCGGAAUGGUUGCUUAGAGAUCAAAAUAUAAUGAAAGAAAAUAAUAAUUACCGAUCAUUGACUUUAGCCGAUCUAGCAUUUGUUUUUUACAUUCUUUUAUUCGGUUUUAUUGCUUCGAUUCUUGCAUUUUUUCUCGAACGAUUUGAUAUAUGCUCAAAAAAGGAGGAAGGAAGUCAGGAAAAUUGAAAACAAGGUUUCUCAAACUUUUCAUACAAUCUUCUUAAUUAAUUCUUUUUUUUCGCGACAUUUCGUCUAGACAUUUUUUUUUUUAUUUCUUGUUUAAAUUUCACCGAACUCCUAUAAAAUUCAUUACCCACAUUUUGAGAAACCUUGAAUAAAUGGAAAGAGGAUAUUAUCAAAAAUACAAAAUUGUCGAUUUAACAUAAAUUAUAAAUGAAUUAGAAUCUAUGCGGAUCGUUCUAAUUAAAGGAUUGUUGCGACUAUUGAUUUGGUCAAUAUUUUAUUUAAAUCCUUCGCUUUUAAACAAUUUUUCUUUAUUCAGAGAACCUUAUCGAUCUCUGUAAAAUGAAUUAUUGUAGUAAAUUACGUUCCUUUUUACAAUUUAUACCAUAUACACAAUAGUAAUAAUAAU